AUGCUGGAUUCAAUCAAGUGUGUUCUGGUGGGAGACUCUGCGGUGGGGAAGACAUCUCUCUUGGUACGUUUCACCUCUGAGACUUUUCCAGAUGACUACAGACCCACUGUGUAUGAAAACACGGGGGUGGAUGUCUUCAUGGAUGGUGUACAGAUUAGCCUAGGUCUUUGGGACACAUCAGGCAGCGAUGCCUUCAAAGGCAUUCGCCCCCUCUCAUACCAACAGGCAGAUGUGGUAUUAAUGUGCUACUCAGUGGCAAACCACAAUUCCUUCCUGAACCUGAGGAACAAAUGGAUUGGCGAGAUCCGCAGCCAUUUGCCCCGCGUCCCCGUUUUGGUGGUGGCUACUCAGACGGACCAGCGUGACAUGGGGCCCUACAGUGCCUCCUGCAUCAGCUCCAUUGACGGGAAGCGGCUGGCCCAGGACGUGCGGGCCAAGGGCUACUUGGAGUGCUCGGCCCUCAGCAACCGGGGGGUGCAGCAGGUGUUUGAGUACGCCGUGAGGACUGCAGUCAAUCAAGCCAAAAAGCAGAACAGGCGGAAGCUCUUCUCCAUUAACGAGUGCAAGAUCUUCUGAGGAUUGUCGGCAGUGGUUUUUCCCACCUUCCUUCUUUCUGUCUUUGCACAAAGAUGCUGCGGCAGAGAGAAUGGGAGGUGAAUCAAGGGAGCACUCCUGGCAGGAC